AUGAUCACCCGAUUCAUCACCGAGAUCAACACCAAGUUCAACCCCUUCAGCACAAAGGCCAAGGCGGCGCGGCUGUUCCUGACCUUCCUGCCGCCCAACGCGCGGUCGAGCGGCAUGAGCAUCACGACGACGCUGCUGCCGCGGACGUCGGCGGAGGCGCCCUCGCUGCGCGUCAAGUUCAAAGACGGCAAGGAGAUGAACCUCGACUGCAAGACGCUGGGGAUCAAGGGCAUCAUCGAGGAGGUGGACCGGCACUCGCGCGCGCUGCAGAAGCAGGCUGAUCUGACGGACGGUUGA